AUGAAUGUGGCUUUAUCAAUGAACACGUUCACGAUGUCAGAUGAACGCCGUGGUCAGACCAAGAUUCAUCAGCUACUCGACAAGAAAUCGAACAAUGAGGCUGAACGCUUCAUAGCGCUGGCUUUCUCCCAAGAUGCUCAACAGAACAGAAAUGUCAAGUUGAAAAUGACGGCGUUCUUCAUCUGCCUUUGUCCGGAGUUCUUGGGUUGCCUUACUCGUUUCUUCACUGUGACCGCAUCACCUGAGCAGCAUGAGUAUGAGCAGGAUGCUUUGAAAGCCGCCAAAGCAAAGCAGGUCAAGCAAGCUGCUUCUGGGGCAGCUGCUCCGAAGGACGAUGCUCCACCACCGUCGAUGAUUUUGGAUUGUGACAUGCAGGGUGUUGAAGUCAUCUUGGUGGAAAAUUCAUUGGAACCCGAUACUUCCCAAGCGUUAAUCUUGUCGUUUAAUAUGAAAAUGGUUGCGACUCCGUCCCCGAAGGAACAAAUCAUGAGGGGAGGUAUAGAGAAGCUGGCCAUCUUUAGCUCCUACUUUGCUCCUUGGAGAAGGAAUGAAGUCACCUAUGAGGUACUGAAGCCUAUGAAUAUUGGCAUCGACAUGAAUAUAGACACACCUACGAAAGCGACAAAUGUGGUGUUGAAAAUGUCCCCGAUGGAAAUUCGAAUGGCUCCGUCAAUUAUUCGCCUUCUGUCGAAUGUGAAUGCUGAAUUCGCAAAGAGCAGUGCAGUGGUACUGAAGCCUAUGAAUAUUGGCAUCGACAUGAAUAUAGACACACCUACGAAAGCGACAAAUGUGGUGUUGAAAAUGUCCCCGAUGGAAAUUCGAAUGGCUCCGUCAAUUAUUCGCCUUCUGUCGAAUGUGAAUGCUGAAUUCGCAAAGAGCAGUGCAGUGAGUCAGGAAAGCACCGGAUCGCUAGAGAUGAGGCCACCGUCGUUUUCUAACUACUGGAGAGCAAGGCGUAUCGAACAGAAGAAGUUCUGGUUCUACAAUGUACCAACGGCUGAGGAAGCUUGUGAGGCAGAAUGGACGAUGAUGUGA